UGUGUUAUCGCAACUUAGGGGCAGUCAAAGAUCACAUGUAGAACAGCCUGCCCACAGAUUGACUGAGACUCGGGUAUGUGAGAACGAGUUAUGUCGAAAGCCAAAUUACUCUGUACGGUGGCUCUCGGUGUUUCUGCUUUGUCCAUAGUGCCCGGAGUUUUGACGGCUGUAUCAGCUGAUGAGGGAGAAAAGGAUACAUCGAACGAAACGGAACGCUAUCCUUUGGUCAACUGGGAUUUUGAUCAUGUCGAGAUUCCUUACGUUAUCUGUUUGUGGAUCUUACUGGCUAGUGUUGCCAAAAUGGGGUUCCACUUGUACGACCGCCUGUCCUCGCUGUUCCCCGAGAGUUGUCUGCUCAUAACCCUGGGCAUCUGUGUCGGCGUGACCCUCCAUUACAGCCACGCAGCAUCCACCUCGCAGUACGUCCUCAAUGCCAACACGUUCUUCCUCUUCAUCCUGCCUCCAAUAAUCUACGAUGCUGGCUACCACAUGCCUAACAGGGCCUUCUUUAACAACCUUGGCACCAUCCUUCUUUUGGCCAUCGUCAACACGCUAUGGAACACCGUGGCAAUUGGUGUUGCAUUGUGGGGGUGUUCAGCUGCUGGAUGGAUCAAGCGGCCUAUCAGCAUGCUUCACUGCUUCGUAUUCAGUGCGCUGAUCUCUGCGGUGGACCCUGUUGCAGUGCUGGCUGUGUUUGAGGAGAUUCACGUCAAUGAGAUGCUGUACAUCAUCGUGUUUGGAGAGUCCCUUCUCAAUGACGGAGUCACAGUGGUGGUGUACCACAUGAUGGAGGGGUACACAGAGAUUGGGGAGUCCAACAUCCAGAUCAUUGACUACUUCUCCGGGAUUGGAUCCUUUUUCAUCAUAGCCCUCGGAGGGACGCUCAUCGGGAUCAUCUAUGGCCUGAUUGGUGGAUUCAUCACCAAGCACACAGGCCAUGUCAAGGUCAUCGAGCCUCUGUUUGUCUUCAUCCUGGGAUAUCUUGCCUAUCUUAGUGCAGAGAUGCUUCACUGGUCAGGAAUCUUAGCUUUGACAUUCGGCGGGAUCACAAUGAGACACUACGUGGAAGCGAACAUGUCGAAGCAGUCUGUUGCCACUGUCAAGUACUUCUUGAAGAUGCUUGCCAACAUCAGUGAGACCAUCAUCUUCAUGUUCCUGGGACUCUCCACCGUCAUCGACGACCACGACUGGCAACUCGACUUUAUCUUCUUCUCCAUCCUCUUCUGCCUGGUCUUUCGUGUCACAGGCAUCGUGAUGCUGUCAGCCGUUGUCAAUCGAACGCGUCUUAUCAAGUUGUCAAAGAUUGACCAGUUCAUUAUGUCGUAUGGUGGCCUGCGUGGGGGUAUCGCCUUUUGCUUGGCCUUGCUUCUGAAUGAGGAAGUCGUCACGGAGAAGAGGAUGUUUGUCACCACCACCAUCAUUGUAGUCUUCUUCACAGUCUUCCUGCAGGGAAUCACAAUCAAACCUGUGGUUAAUGCUCUUAAGAUCGAGAGGGCAAAGGAGAUUGACCCGACCAUGAAUGAAAGGAUCCAUGAGCGUUUUAUUGACCACCUGAUGGCUGGGAUUGAAGACGUGGUGGGUCGGACAGGACACAACUCGUUACGAGAUAAGUUUGAGCACUACAACACCAAGUACAUCAAACCCUUGCUGCUGAGGGAGAAACCAAAAACCAGAGAGACCAAAAUCUUCCAGGUGUUCACUAGACUGAAUCUACGUGAUGCCAUGGACCACAUCGAGACUCAUGGCAACUUCUCACCCGUCUCCAUCCCUGCUGAACCAUCCCUUGCCAAGGUCAUCCGCUCUUACUCUGUCGCAGAGUCUGUCAACACUGUGGACAGUGACCCCCCGGUGGACUCCAGCAAGACCGUGCUAGACAUGCAGUCAGUGGAUGCUGUCUACAACGAGAAGCUAGCAGAUGCUGGACACAUUCACCAUGUGCUGGAAGAUGCGAUGUUUAGGACGCGGAAGACGUGGGUAAAAGAUAAGAAGUAUUCACUAGCAGAAGUCCGCAAUCAUCCUCCGUUUCGGCACAAGGAACGCUACCAACUUCGUCGCCUCAUCAGCCAGGCCUACAAGACUCGCAGAGGAACUCCCCAAAAUGGCACUCCCAGCAUGGUAGAACCUCAGAGCGUCAAAGUGGUCACCUUCAGUAAUGAUACAAAAUCCAACUCAGAACAGCCAGCAGUGGAUCAAUUCACCAACAGUUUGAUGCCUGCCCAGGAGUCCACCACAAGCAACAAAGUUGUCUUCUCAGUUGGGUCCUCCUCAAACCUGGAAGGCGACAUGUCACCAAUGCUCGACACAGACCAGAAGGUUCCUGUUGAGGAGACUGCAGCAGAGAGAACAUUGCCAUGGAAACGAAUCUCUACAGACGACAUUGUGCCGAGCCUCACCACGCUAAUCAUGGCCGAUGAUGAAAAGCCUCUCAUGUCAGAGGCACCAUCUUGGGUGAGCAAUCCAUCUUACCACAAUCUUCUGGAAUCUGGGUCGCCAUAUGUGUCACCACAGACUACGCUUACUGCACCCCCCGAACAAACACACACACCAUCUGUAUUUGAAAUCUUCCAGGCAAAUGUUAGCCAAAAGGUGGAGGUGAAAGGUGAGAGCCCAAUCGUGGCUGCGGCGGACAUUAAAAAUCCCAAUCCCUGGGAUUUAGGAGGGGAGGAGGAGCCGAUCGCGUCACCAAUCUCCAUACAGAAUGGCGACAAGACAAACAACUUGCUCCACUCUGCACAUUCCGUGUUUCCACCUCCGCACCACGUCAUCAUUCCGGGUCAUCUCCAUCGGCCUCCACAGAUCCGCAAAUCUCUGUCCCUGCCAGGGAAAGCUUCUUCACCCCAGUCCCCAAAACACUGGCAGCCAAUCGAAAUGCAAGACGGCAAUGUGUAUAGAAAAUGCCCAUCUGAAGCAGAGAUUAUUUUUGACGAAGUUUCAUACCAACAAGAUGUGAAAUCUCGUGUUUCGGAAUGGCUGCAACACACUGACGAUUCCGAACCGGAAGAAUAUGACGGCAUACAAGUUAAUUUUAGCAAUCAUGAAUGUGCUACCAAUGGAUUUGAGAUUGAUUCUGGAGAAGAGUCGGAUAUUGAAAUGACGUAUUUAUAAUGACAGUUGAAUCUAGGAAAUUUCUACGUCCUUUCUGUGCCUUUGCAGUUUCCUUGGUGUGAUAUUAUACAUGUUGCCAUGACAACAAUAAGUCACAUUGAUUCAUGUUUCUCAUGCAAAUGAUUAUGCUAUUUAUAGAUGACUCCUUUCCCCCCAUCCCAAAGAUGCAGCAUUGUAAUGUAUACAACAUUUUAUGUUCAAUGCGUUUGUAAAUAUUUGUACAGUCAGUUUUAAUCAUAUUUAUUGUACACCCCUUGAAAUUUGACCUCUUUUAAAACAAAUUCCAUUCCAAAUGCUGAAUAAAUUCAAGAAGCAAAAUAUCAUGAUUGAAAACCAGGCAAUUUUAGAGUAUGGACAUGGGGGCAUAUUGUUCAGGGGAGACAACUCUUGCCAGUUAAUCUUGACCAUGUCUGUGAGAUCAAAUUUGGUUUAAGCAAAUAAAAACAAUGUUAUAUUUCCUAUAUUGUUGUUCCAACACUUGAUAUGCCAUGACUUGUUUGCUUCAUUUGUAUAUACUAUUUAUUUCAUGCAAGAAAUUAUCUAAUCACAUUCAGUUGACAUAGUUACCUUGCCAUCUCUGACAUUCGUGCACUUUAAAUGCUCAAUAAUUCAUUUUAUGCAUUAACUGAUAAUGUUCAUACCUUUUUCUUUAGACAGAAGUGAAGAAGAAUUAAAUCAGGUACAUAUUUAUUUGUUCUUGCCCUCAGGUAUUAAAUAUUCUCUCUUUUGAAAAUAUACAUAACCAACAUGUAACUGAGCUCAGUCUCUGCAGAUAUCAAGAUGGCUACCACAGCACUCCUACAUCCAGGGAUGUCACCAGUAUUCUUUUUACAACUUGUUCAGACUAAAUUGUGUCAUAUGACAAUACAAGUUAUGAAAAGACUUGAAAGAUAUUCAAUUUAACAAAUAAUUUAAUUUGCAAGGAUCUUCGUGGUAUUUCCAAAUCAUUAGAUAGUUGGAACUGUUGAUCUGGAUAUUCUGUUGAAGUGCUGCUCUGUCAUUGAUAUUUGUAAGUGGAGACUGCACUUGCAUUGGUAAACAGUAAACUUUUGUUUUGAAACAUAUUCCUUUUUGCUAAUUGUGGACAAUGUAUCCAUAUUCAUCACCAGCAUAGAGUCUUUAUUUAUCAUAUGCUUAUUACAUCAAGAUAAUUCCAUCCAUUAUAGAAAUCACAUCAAUUUACAAAAAGUAAACUUGUUUUCAAGUCUUCAUUGUUGUGAAAACUAUGCUCUGUAUUGAAAUACCGUGGCAACAGCUUCACCUAAAACUUCAGAUUUUGACCAUAAAUCAGGCGCCUUUUGCUGGGGACAAACAAAGCAUAUGAUAAUAGUACAUCUUUUGUCCCUGCUAUAUUUCAUGGUUAUCUCCCUUUGUGUCAGCCAGAAGCUGCAGGCAAUGACAGGAGAUGGACAUGAGAUACGGCAAUUAUAGCACAGUCUCCUGUACACAGCUACUCCCUGAUGGUGAUUGUCCAUAGAGCAGGCUCUUCAUUUGUUGCUACUUUUUAUUUAACUGUUAUAUACUGGAACAAAGACGACCAUGUGAUACGUUGCAUUGCAGUGGUUUCAUUUUGCUUUAGCUGAAUAAAUAUGCAUUUUAUGACUUGGGUGUUUUAACAUGAUAACUAUGAUGAAAUUUUUACAUUUGAAUUGAAAUAUGUUUCAUUAAUUCUUAUUCUUACUUACGUUAUUUUAGAAUUUUUAAUUGUGAUGUUUAAUUUAAUCAAACAUUUUGUAAGUUCACUAGAUAUUAAAGUUGUGAUAAGUUUCUGAACAAACAUUAACAAUGAGAGUAUGUUUCUUAAUGUUGUUUAACUAUGGUAUGAUCUGUUUCAGUAGUGUUUGUCAGCAAAAAAAGACAUUUGGGUUUCUAUAACUGUGUAUUGACGUAUUUAUCAUGUUUGUGAUUUUGAUAUGUGUCCUCUGUGUUCACACACUAUUUGGGACAAAAAAUAAAUUGGUGGCAGGUAACCAAGUUAUAAGACAUUUCCCUCUCUUGUAGACAACACAGUCUUCUUCCCACAGAAUCUGUCCAAAGCAACAGUUGAUACAAAAGCAUUCAAAAUAACUACAUCUAUGCAAAGGUGGAUGUAGACAAGAUGCAGCCUUAGACCAAAUGACCAGCUGUUACCUUAAGCUCAGAUUAUAUGAUAGGGUACAAAUGUUAGUUUCCAUCUCUGUAUGGUGAGACGCAAAUCUCAGUUGACAGCAGGACGAUGUUCCAUAGCCUGGAGUCCAUAAAAUUGAUGUGAUUAUUAUUUCGUCUGAAAUGAAAAUGUUGUCUGUGAUUUCAUUAACUACUUGAUAUUCAAGCUUGGUGUUGGCAUUCACAUUGAUUUCAUGACCAGUUAAUGUCAUGAUUAACAUUACACCAUAUGGAAUUCAGUCAACAACCACCAUAAGCACUGUUUUAGUGUUCUGCCUGAGAUGACAGUUGACCCAUAUCCAGUCAUUCUUCGAUAAGUUCGCACUAUCAGAUGUGUCUUGUUCCAAUGACCUGUUUUAGUAGAUAGGAAGACUUCCUUCUGUCCGCUUAAAAUGUUAACCUGGCUGUCAUGCCUUGCGCUAUGAGAGUACAAUGUGUGAGUUGGUCACAUGCUGCCUUUCAAGGAGGGCAUAGGCUCCCACUGGCUGUGGAAGCUACUUGUGUCUGAUGGGACGUUGAUCUAACAGACCCUGUGUGUUCAUGAUGUUGGUCAAUAGAUGUAUGUUAGAAUUCCCCUGAUCAAGGUAUAUGAAUAUAUUUGUUACAUUUUUAAAAUGAUGAAAGUUGAUGUCUGGGAUUAAAAACUAGAUCUCUUAUUUUAAUGACAUUUUAACAUUGAUUGUUCUUACAAAUAACACUUUUACCAUUAAACAUUUAUGAGAAAGUUAUAACUGAACCAGCCAUUAGUUUCUUUUUGGAAGAAUGGUUUAUUUACGCAGCCAGUUUUGAUGUUGUAUUUUUGUGGUAGGUGAAAACUACAUGACAGAUAAGUUGUCGUCCAUCACAUCGCAAUGCAAGUUACAGUUGAUGCAAUCAAGCUUUGUGUUCCAAGACAGCUCAACAUAGGUAACCAGUCAGAGCAGCCCCAGUACUAGCUCCAGCUCUAGCUCCAGUUGCUAAGGGCAUGGGUCAUUAUGCAUGAGAUUGGAUCACACUAUUAUGACCUUACGAUCCUAAGCGAUUUUUAAUUGUCCAGUAAGUUUUCAAUACCAUCAGUACGAUGUUGUACUACCAGAAACUCAGGUGGUUAUGACACUUCUAUAAUGAAGCUUUGGUUGUGAAUGGGCAAAGUUAUAUAUCACAAUAGAAUGGCGACAUAAUACACUGGAUAUUCGGACAGAUUUCCGCCCGUAUCCCCUCUUAUCCCUAACUCUAACCCUAACCCUUAACCUAACCUUAACAGCUUACAUAUGCUGGCAGUUUCAUCUGAACAUAGGACACAACCUACUUCAAUUCAAAUCAUAUUAGCUGACCAUAUACAUGUAUGUUUCUGGGGGUUUUCAUCGUUAAAUUUUUUUUUUUUUGGGGGGGGGGGAUUCAGGCGGAAGUCAUACCGGAUAUUCUAGGUAGGAGUCAGUAUAUCUAUGUAUUGAAGGAAAUAGUAUGAAUUUUUUCAGUCAAGCUGUCUUGGCAGUAAACCAGCAGAAGAACUACAACUAUUACGAUGCAAUAACUCGUACUGCCUUAAUGUAACACUGUCGCAGUGCAGGUGCUCUGAAGCAGUUGGUCACCCUUUACAGUGGGACUAAUGGCAGUGUGAGAACUGUGUACUUGCACCUCAUGAUGAAAUGUGUACAUUUUGCUUAACCAGUAUGUAAUGUAAAGCAGUGUUAGAUAAUAGAUGUAUUAUGCACUAAAUUAUUAACAUCUCAGAGUAUUAUCAUUUUGUUCAAUUUUAUAGAGAACUGAAAUAAUGAAAUGUUUUAAAGAGUAAUAUUGUUAUAAUAUUUGCUGUUGAAAGUUGUAUGGGGUGUUCUUUAUUAAGAAAUGCCUGUAUUACAGCCUUCAGAAAUUCCUGUAUUACAGAUCAUGUGUGGCCUUUGCAAUUUUGUCCACCUCUAUGUACCAUGUUAUACUACCCCAUGUAUGGAUGUGUGGUAUAAAUGCCAAGAAGGUCCACCUCUAUGUACCAUGUUAUACUACCCCAUGUAUGGAUGUGUGGUAUAAAUGUCAAGAAGGUCCACCUCUAUGUACCAUGUUAUACUACCCCAUGUAUGGAUGUGUGGUAUAAAUGCCAAGAAGGUCCACCUCUAUGUACCAUGUUAUACUACCCCAUGUAUGGAUGUGUGGUAUAAAUGCCAAGAAGGUCCACCUCUAUGUACCAUGUUAUACUACCCCAUGUAUGGAUGUGUGGUAUAAAUGCCAAGAAGGUCCACCUCUAUGUACCAUGUUAUACUACCCCAUGUAUGGAUGUGUGGUAUAGAUGCCAAGAAGGUCCACCUCUAUGUACCAUGUUAUGCUUCCCCAUGUAUGGAUGUGUGGUAUAAAUGCCAAGAAGGUCCACCUCUAUGUACCAUGUUAUACUACCCCAUGUAUGGAUGUGUGGUAUAAAUACCAAGAAGGUCCACCUCUAUGUACCAUGUUAUACUACCCCAUGUAUGGAUGUGUGGUAUAAAUACCAAGAAGGUCCACCACUAUGUACAAUGUUAUACUACCCCAUGUAUGGAUGUGUGGUAUAAAUGCCAAGAAGGUCCACCUCUAUGUACCAUGUUAUACUACCCCAUGUAUGGAUGUGUGGUAUAAAUGCCAAGAAGCUCCACCUCUACGUACCAUGUUAUACUACACCCCAUGUAUGGAUGUGUGGUAUAGAUGCCAAGAAGGUCCACCUCUAUGUACCAUGUUAUACUACCCCAUGUAUGGAUGUGUGGUAUAGAUGCCAAGAAGGUCCACCUCUAUGUACCAUGUUAUACUACCCCAUGUAUGGAUGUGUGGUAUAAAUGCCAAGAAGGUCCACCUCUAUGUACCAUGUUAUACUACCCCAUGUAUGGAUGUGUGGUAUAAAUGCCAAGAAGGUCCACCUCUAUGUACCAUGUUAUACUACCCCAUGUAUGGAUGUGUGGUAUAAAUGCCAAGAAGGUCCACCUCUAUGUACCAUGUUAUACUACCCCAUGUAUGGAUGUGUGGUAUAGAUGCCAAGAAGGUCCACCUCUAUGUACCAUGUUAUACUACCCCAUGUAUGGAUGUGUGGUAUAGAUGCCAAGAAGGUCCACCUCUAUGUACCAUGUUAUACUACCCCAUGUAUGGAUGUGUGGUAUAAGCCAUUUACUCUCCAAGGUCAGUUUCUGUUGAACAGAUAUCUAUUGUGUAGUGCCUAGUUUGUUUUGUUGUGUACUGCAACAUGGCAUCAACAUGUCGGUGUCAUCUGAUAUGCAUGUCGUUUGUCAGUCAUGUUUAGGUUAGUUUCGUAUCUUAUCUGCUUGAGCACAGAAGGCUUCUGCAAGUGUAAGGUAUCCACUUGAAAGAGGCUGCAGUAGAUCUCAGUUGUGGGACAGUGGUUUAUUCAGUUAUUCAUUUCCUUAUUUACAAAACUGUGUUGUAUAUGAGAGCAUAUCAUAUUACCAGAGAUUGUGUGAUGUAUGAUAUUGCCAGAGAUUAUGCAUGAUAUAUAGGCUCCGAUAUUGCCAGCCAUUGUAUAUGGCUUCUGAUAUUCCCAGAUAUUGUGCAUGGUAUAUAGGCUCUGAUGUUGGCUGCCAUUGUUGGCGGCCGCUGAUGUUAACAGAGUUUGUAUGCAACAUUCUUAUGUUACCAGAGAUUGUAUGUCUAGUCUGAUGUUACCAGAGAUUGUAAGUCCAGUCUGAUGGUAUCAGAGAUUUGUUACCAUGGUAGCAAGUAUACAGUCUCUGGUGUAAUGUUUUACGAUCCCUGAUGAUGCCAGAUUCAUUCUAUUGUCCUUGAUACACUAGAUGAGCUCAGGCAAAUUGCUGGGAUACUUCUUUUAUUUUGUUCUGAAGAAGCAGUUUACUCGUGAGCAUCCCAAACCCAUUUCCUGUUUCAUCAUCAGCCUUAUUCAUGCGUUAACAAUCACUGACGCCAGAAUGAAGUGCUUACGCAAGACUGUUUACCAAAGAUUCCAUUGUAAUUUACGUGUUUACUUUUAUGCAACCUUUACAAACACGACCUUGUGCAUUAUGAGAGACAUGCCUUCUGAGUGUACGAGGCAGGAGGCAGUUACCAAAGUAUGACCUGUUAUAUUGCUCUACGGGAGCAUGAUGGGCAACAAUGUGCUGUCGACACAGUACUUGUAAUACAUCAAUGGAGCAUGGACACGUCAAGAUGGUAUUCUGUACCAGGAACAAACUAAUCUGUAAUGAUUAACUAAUUCCAAGGUGACUGACUUAAUUGAGAUGAAAUAAUUGUUGUGAUUCUUUUUUUAUUCGAUCAAAAACUGAUAAUAGUCAUAGGCAUGUCUUUGUUUCAAGAAUUUUACAUGUCAUGUGUUUUAUAUGUGUGCAUAUACAGCAGAUGUUGAAUGUAGUGUGACCGUCAAGGUUGAUACAACCUUUAGGGUGAUGUGACAGUGUGAAGGGCCAUGUGACCGUCAAGGUUGGUACAAUCUUUAGGGUGAUGUGACAGUGUGACCAACAAGGAUGGAGCAAUGGUGUCUUCAUCUGGUAGUGUACAUGGUUUCGGAGGCAAACAGUGGGGAGAAGGGGUGUUGUAGUCCAAGUAUGGAAUAAACCAACUUGAAACAAUU